UGUAAUCGCGUGAGCUUCUUCCUUGAUUUAAAUCUCUCUCUACAUGUGUUUAUAUGCUUUACUGGUUUUGCUUGUCUAGAGAACCCAGCCUAAGACACCAUCCUUUCUAGGCCCCAUCAUGCAGUGUGUCUCCUGUAAGUGUGCAGGGGUGUUGUGUAGACAGAGCCUCCGUCAGGUCAGGGCCCAUUUCUCCAGCGCCCCACGUGGAGCAGGACUCACGUGCCACCCUGCUGAAUGGACGAGCGCGCAGGCAGGCCUUGAGACAGAAACAAAAGCAAACUGUGGCGCAGUGGGAGGACGCUGUUUUCGGAGGUUGGCCUGAAGUGCGUGGGAACGCUGAUUAGAAUUGCCAGGUCAUAGAGGUCAGGCGGGGUGAGAGAGUCCUGCUGAUAGGGCAGGGCUGGUGAUGCUGGAGGGAGGAAAUCCUGUAAGGAGCUCCAGUGGAUCGUUUUCAUUAUUAAAUCCAGGCCCUUUCUGUAAGACGCCAGUCUUUCCCUCUCGCAGACGUGCGUCUGGACGAGUCCAUGUCCUUUCUGACAACCUCUUUCCAGCUGUGUGGCCACAGCAGCCCUCUGGGGAGCUGCAGAGCUCAGUGUGACGCAGGCGUCCUGAAAGGAGACCCUGGACAGUGUCGCUGAACCCGGCGCUCGGGGCCAGGGCCACGGCCCUUUGGCUGCAUCCUGUCCCCAGGGUCUUGCAUCUUCCCUGCCGAGAGGAGGCGGUUCCUCCGGAUGAGACUCCAGCCUCCACCCUGAAGGCUUCCUGCUCAGCAAGGGUGUGGCUGCACUUCUGUGCGGGCUCCCUGAGUGACAGGCUCUCAGUGAAGAAGGGGAUGGAGUCAGAAAACGGCAGAUGGAGCAUCGGAAGGUCACCGCCUAGGACUUCCGUCCAGGGCACCUGACACGCUGAGGCGUGCCUGUGAGACCCCGUGCAGGACCUCAGUAAAGGCCGGCGCGGGCAGCCCCGGUGGUUGCCGCCAACAGGCACAGAGCCGUGCAAGCUACGCCUCUACAACAGCCUCACCCGGAACAAGGACGUGUUUAUACCUCAAAACGGAAAAAAGGUGACGUGGUACUGCUGUGGGCCAACCGUGUACGAUGCUUCUCACAUGGGCCAUGCCAGGUCCUAUAUCUCUUUUGAUAUCUUGAGAAGAGUGUUGAAGGAUUACUUUAAAUACGACGUCUUUUAUUGCAUGAACAUCACGGACAUUGACGAUAAGAUCAUCAAGCGGGCACGGCAAAACCACCUAUUCGAGCAGUACCGGGAGAAGCAGCCCCAGGCGGCCCAGCUCCUCGAGGACAUACACGCUGCCCUGCAGCCGUUCUCAGAGAAAGUGAACGAGACAACAGAUCCUGAUAAAAGGCAGAUGCUUGAAAGGACCCAGCGCGCUGUGGAGCUGGCCGCUGAGCCACUGGACAAGGCCGUGCAGGCCGAGCUCUCUGCAGAAGAGAUCAGCGGCCAUGCCGAGGUGCUGCUGGAGGCAGCCAAGGACCUGCUCUCUGACUGGCUGGACUCCAGGUUUGGCAGCGAGGUGACAGACAACUCCAUCUUCUCCAAACUGCCCCAGUUCUGGGAGGAAGAGUUCCACAAAGACAUGGCGGCUCUGAACGUCCUCCCUCCGGAUGUCUUAACGCGGGUCAGUGAAUAUGUGCCCGAAAUUGUGAGCUUUGUGCAGGGGAUCGUGGACAACGGUUACGGCUAUGCCUCCAACGGGUCUGUCUACUUUGACACUAUGAACUUUGCCUCGAGUGAGAAACACUCCUAUGCGAAGCUGGUGCCCGAAGCCGUGGGGGACCAGAAAGCGCUCCAGGAAGGGGAAGGUGACCUGAGCAUCUCGGCCGAGCGUCUGAACGAGAAGCGAUCGCCCAGUGACUUUGCCCUGUGGAAGGCCUCCAAGCCCGGGGAGCCAUCCUGGCCAAGCCCCUGGGGAAAGGGCCGCCCGGGCUGGCACAUCGAAUGCUCUGCCAUGGCAGGCACCCUGCUGGGGGCCUCGAUGGACAUCCACGGCGGCGGCUUCGACCUCCGAUUCCCACAUCACGACAACGAGCUGGCACAGUCUGAGGCCUACUUCGAGAACGACUGCUGGGUCAGGUACUUCCUGCACACGGGCCACUUGACUAUCGCAGGCUGCAAGAUGUCCAAGUCCCUGAAGAACUUCAUCACCAUCCAGGACGCCUUGAGGAAGCACUCUGCACGACAGCUGCGACUGGCCUUCCUCAUGCACUCCUGGAAGGACACGCUUGACUACUCGAGCAACACCAUGGAGUCGGCCCUGCAGUACGAGAAGUUCAUGAACGAGUUUUUCUUAACCGUGAAAGACCUCCUCCGCGCUCCCGUGGACGUGACCGGGCACUUUGAAAAGUGGGAAGAGGAAGAAGCCGAACUGAAUAAAAACUUCUACAACAGGAAGGCAGCUGUGCACGAGGCACUCUGUGACAACGUGGAUACUCGCACUGUCCUGGAGGAGAUGCGGGCCCUGGUCAGCCAGUGCAACCACUACAUGGCGGCCAGGAAGGCAGCCCGCAGGCGGCCCAACCGUGUCCUGCUGGAGAACAUCGCCCUCUACCUCACAUACCUGCUCAAGAUCUUUGGGGCCAUCGAAGAGGACAGCACUCUGGGCUUCCCUGUCGGAGGACGUGGGGCCAGCCUAAACCUCGAGGCUACGGUCAUGCCAUACCUACAGGCUUUGUCAGAAUUCAGAGAAGGAGUGAGGAGAAUCGCCAGAGAGAAAAAAGUUCCUGAGGUCCUGCAGCUCUGUGAUGCCCUGAGGGAUGACAUCCUGCCUGAGCUUGGGGUCCGGCUGGAAGACCAUGAAGGACUGCCCACUGUAGUCAAGCUGGUGGACAGAGAGACCUUGUUAAAGGAGAGAGAAGAGAAGAAGAAGGUGAGUCAUAUCAGUGACUUCACCUUGGUGUUUAUUGAAAACGUGAAAGCAUUUGGGGGAGAGGAGGAGAAGAGAAAGAAGAAGGAGGAGGCUGCCAGGAAAAAGCAGGAACAAGAGGAAGCAAAGCUAGCAAGGAUGAGGAUCCCGCCCAGGGAGAUGUUCCUGUCAGAGAGUGACAAAUACUCCAAGUUCGACAACACUGGCCUGCCCACACAUGACACCGAGGGCAGGGAGCUCAGCAAAGGCCAGGCCAAGAAGCUGAAGAAGCUCUUUGAGGCACAGGAGAAGCUCCACCAGGAGUACCUGCAGACGAUGCAGAACGGAAGUGUGGAGUGAGCAGAAGUGGGGGCCCGUACACCACACCUCCUGGUGACAGGCCUGUGUACCACCACGUUUACGCUCGUCUUCGAGCCCUGUGUGAAGGACCUGCCCCUGCAAACCCAUGUCCCCAUGGCUCGGCAACGUGGGCAAUAAAUCCUUCUAAACAUGA